GCUUAUCGUUACGCCCUUUCACAGCCCCAUGCGAGUGGUGCUUGUACCACCUCAAAUGCCACGCCCGCUCCUUCACCUCCUCACCAUUCGCCACUUUGUCUUGACCGACUUACGGCUGGACUGGCUACUGCUACUGGCUAUGGUAGCAGCUACAUUGCUGCUGAACAGGCAGCUAUUGAGGUCGCACAACGAGAAUUAGAUGAGGAGGCCGGAGAACUUGAGGCGAGGAUUCGAGCCCAGCAGCCGGGAUCGCCUCAAGAGGAAGAGCUUUUAAGGCGAUGGUUGCCCACAGUUAAUAGGAAGAAUGCGUUGAUCCAUAGAGAACGACAACUUUUUAUUAUGUGA